AUGAAGAGGGCUUUGAACCCCAACGCCGGGGAGUUUCACCCGACGGGUGGAGGACUCAACGCGCUGGGCUCAUUCAAGGAGAGGGACAGUCGCUCUUCCUCUUUGAAGGGUAGUUUUGUACCCGCUACGGCUUCCCCGCCUCAACACAAUACCGCAAACCCCAUUGAUACAGUGUCUUUUUUUUCUUCCGACGGCAAUGUGGAGGCGUGCCACUUCAUACCAGUUACACGCUCCUUAGUGGAAUGUCGUGCAGCGUUUUACGAACACUCUGAAUCCACUCGAUGUAAGCACAUGGAAUUUGAACGUUUACUGCGUCUUGGCUACUUUGGCGCGCAUGAAGCCAAUGAACUGAGCAUCUCCUCAGCUUCUGUCGCUGGAGAACACAGAGCCUUCUGGUUUUCUUACUCAACUGCCUACUUUCGCAUGGCGCACGAUGUUGUACAAGAGCUGGAGCUUGGAACGCCCCUACCCGCCAAUCAGUCGCCACCCGCCGCCUCUGCAGAGGCGGCGUCCACAGCACCGGGUAGCGUUCCCAACGUGGCAGGUUUUACAAGUGACGUUGCGGAAUUGCAACGACAACGUGAAUUUCUUCGGGAAGCGUACCUUUCCAAGCUUCGGCCUCUGGUUCCUUAUUCUAUUCGCAAGCAACUGGCUCUUCGUGCCAAACGCGCCAGCGCAGUUUCACAUGAGGAUGUAUUGAAGGCUGUGAACUACGCCCUUGAUAUAUUUUUCCUCUUUACACGGUUACAAUUCCUUCGGUUUCUUGACGCAUCCUCUGGCCUCAGCUACUCCGCAUGUGUUCAAUUCCUAGCCAAGCUGCGUGAGCGUCUUCUAAAAUCGGAGGUGGCCGAGCCCUUUCUCAGUGUUGGACUCGUCCUGAUGUUAAUCUCCACUGUUCACAUAAAGUCUGCGCAACGUGCGGUGGAAACCGCAAGUAGCGAGACGAAUUUUUUAAGACUCAAAGUACAGUGGCUCUUCUGUACAUAUUUUCCGUCACUUGUUGUGGCAUUCCUUGCUGGCUCUCCGUUGCAGUCCGUGGAAGAGCUCCGCCACGCUUUUCUCGCCACAAACCAGGAUGACUUUUUGCCCAUGCUUCGGGACUCCCCUGCCGCCAUUGCUGCAAUUCAACAGCUUAUCUCGUACAACAACAAAACUGCGACGUUGUGGAGUGUUACGUUGGGCGAGGUGGUGAAUUUUGUGCUACAGCAUUUGGCGCAUACAGACCGCGCAAAACACCGCGACAGUUCCGUAAAAUUUCUACUUGCAGAGCCCACCGCACUUGAUGAUUACCUGCACGUAAGGUGUCCCACGGUGUUGGCUUCACUCCUGGACUCAGCCAAUGCCGCAGUGGAGGAGAAAAACUCACAGGAUGUAUUGCAUCCCGAAGGCGAAUUGAACGAGCGCUCGAAGGAGUUUCAUGCUUUGGCGAUGAAGUCUGCCUCGGCCUCAGGUGGAAGCGAGUACGAAACGGUUUAUUUCAGCCUACUCACUCUGGCCAAUAUGGGGUGUUUUACUGCGACGGAGCUUUCCUGGCUCAUGGCGGCGCUAGAGGACUCCUACAUUGCAGGCGGCCAUGCCAGCGCCAUGGACGCGUUUCUUUCAUCCAUCGCCUGCGCAUCGCUGACGCCAACGGCACAUGAGCUCCUCGACGUUCUCCGCGCGCUGAUGCGCGGAGGCCACAAGCCGCUGCAGCUGCAAGCUCUCAUGGAAUUCAGAAGCGUCAUCGAAGGACAAACAAAACAAGUGCCACCGGAAGGAACUGCCAUGGAGCGGGCAGGCGAGCCUUGA